AUGUCAGGAUCAGCUGGAUUUGAUAGACACAUUACUAUAUUCUCUCCAGAGGGGAGGUUGUACCAAGUCGAAUAUGCCUUCAAAGCCAUCAAUUCGUCGAACAUCACCUCAAUUGGAGUCACGGGACAAGAUUCAGCAGUUAUUAUAUCGCAGAGGAAGAUUCCUGAUAAAUUGUUGGAUGCAAAGACUAUAUCCUACAUUUUCAAGAUUACUCCAAGUAUAGGUAUGGUUGCCACUGGGUCCAUAGCUGAUGCCAGAGCACAAGCAAUGAGAGCACGUAGUGAGGCUACGGAAUUUAGAUACAAGUAUGGAUAUGAAAUGCCAGUUGAAAGUUUGAGCAAAAGAAUGGCCAAUUUGUCUCAAUUGUAUACUCAAAGAGCUUAUAUGAGGCCAUUAGGUGUAGCUUUAACUUUUGUUCAAGUUGAUUUCGAGGAUGAAGGAAAAGGCCCACAAGUUUUCAAAUGUGAUCCUGCUGGUUACUAUACCAGUGUCAAGGCGGUAGCUACCGGGCCAAAACAACAAGAAGCAACAACAUACUUGGAAAAGAAAUUUAAAAAGACCGAUGUUGUUAAGGGUGAUUGGAAAGAAACUGUUGAUUUUGCCAUUACUGCGUUGAGUUCAGUAUUGGGGACUGAUUUUAGAAAAAAUGAUAUUGAAAUUGGAGUUGCUACUGAAGGCGUGUUUAGAAUAUUAACACCAGAUGAGAUAGACGAGAGGCUUGUUGCCAUAGCUGAACAAGAUUGA